UUUCAACUGUAACCUUAACUUUCAACUUUUAACAGACCAAGCUGUCCAGACAAAUCAGUAUGGAACAGUCAUGCUGGAACCAGGGGCAGAAUGACAACUCAUGGGGCCCCCCGGGCAAUAGGGGAUCAUGGGCCCCUGUGUCCUUGCCCAAACUUAAAAAACUAUGAAAAAGGUACCAGGGGCAUCUCAUGGGGCCCCCUACUGACCCCAGGCCCUCAGGCAGUGCCCGAGUUUCCAAAUGGUCAGUCAGCCCCUGGCUGG